AACCCAAAUCAAGCAGCUGGCAAAUCUCUGAGCUGGGACUGUCAUCCCAGAUUGGAGCUUUUCCGUAGCUCAGGCCAGAGACCCUGCACGGUGACCUAGCCCCUUUCAGGAACAACACAGCCCAUGAAAGCAGCAGGCGUUGGAAAGCUAUUCACUGCAGGAAGCCCCAGCAUCCGGUGAGAAGUAAGAAGUAGGAGGCACAGGAUGCGCCUUGGGUCAGGGGGACGUGAGCGGUGGUGGCGACAGUCUCUGUGUUAGAGCUGUUGGAGCUUGGCAUUCAGCGCCCCUGGGAGUACAGCUGGGAUCCGGGGUCCAGGCCCCUGUGGCUGCUGCCGCCUCUGUGGGGCUUCUGGCCUGUGGCGACAAGGAAGACUUGGAAGAGGAAUGGCUGGCCCAAGGGACCUGCUCCUGCUGCUACUCCUGGGCCAGCCCUGGGCGGGGGCUGUGAACUACACUUCUGAGGCGCCGGUGGAGGCUGUGGUGUGCUCCGGGAGUGCCUGUUACACCGCCCACUGGGGCAAGCUGAGCGCAGCUGAUGCCCAGGGCCUCUGCAGCCAGAAUGGGGGCAACUUGGCCACGGUGAGGAGCAAGGAGGAAGCCCGGCUCAUUCAGCGGUCCCUGGCCCAGCUCUUGAGGUCACGGGAGCCCCUGGGAGCGAAGAUGGGCAAGUUCUGGGUGGGGCUCCAGCGAGAGAGGAGCAAGUGCUUCAACCCUCAGCUGCCCCUGAAGGGCUUCAGCUGGACGGGAGGCGGGGAGGACACAGAGUAUACAAACUGGUACAAGGAAGUCAAGAGCUCCUGCCUCUCCCAGCGCUGUGUGGCCCUGAUGCUGGACCUGUCUGAGACCCCCCACCCAGACCGCCUCCCCAAGUGGUCUGACAUCCCCUGUGGAUCUUCCAGUAACCCAGGAAGCAGCACUGAGGGCUUUGUGUGCAAGUUCAGCUUCAAAGGCAUGUGUCGGCCACUGGCCCUGGGAGGCCCAGGCCAGGUGAACUACAGCACCCCUUUCAGGGCCACCGCCUCCUCACUGGAUGCUGUGCCCUUUGGUUCUUUGGCUAGCGUGGUCUGCAAAGCUGGGGCUGAGCGUCAGGGCUAUGAACUGCUAUGCCGGGAGAAGGAGGCUGAGGUGUUCGACUGGGGCAUCACUGGGCCCCUCUGCAUCAAUCCUGAGCUUGGCUGCAGCUUCAGCAAUGGGGGCUGUGAGCAGGACUGCUUCGAUGGAGGUGCCGGCUCCUUCCGCUGUGGCUGCAGGCCUGGCUUCCGGCUGCGGGAUGACCUGGUAUCCUGUGCCUCUAGAAACCCCUGCAGCUCUAACCCCUGCAAGGGGGAGUCCACCUGCAUCCCCAGUCCCCAGGGAGACAGCUACAUGUGCCAUUGCCCCCGUGGCUACCAGCUGGAUGCAACCCAGCUGGAUUGUGUGGAUGUGAACGAGUGCCAGGACACACCUUGUGCCCAGGAGUGUGUCAACACGGAUGGGGGCUUCUACUGUGAGUGCUGGGUGGGCUACACGCCUGGGGGCCCUGGAGGGGAGGCUUGUGUAGACAUAGACGAGUGCACCGUCUACCCUGUGCUCUGCGCCCAGAACUGCACUAACACUCCUGGAUCUUUCCAUUGUUCCUGUCUGCCCGGUUAUGACCUGUCUAAGAAGGAUGACAUGCAGUGUUUGGACAAGGACGAGUGUGCAGAUCCCACAGGCAACCCGUGCCAAGGCCCGUGCUUCAAUGUGCCGGGCUCCUUCCAUUGCGGCUGCCUGGCAGGCUGGACACUGGCCAGUGACGGGCUCUCCUGUGUCCCAGACCCUGUGCCCUCAGCAUCAAUGGCCGGUCUCCUGCCAGAGAAUGAGAAAGCUGGGAAAUGGGACACUGUGACUGCCACCACCAUGCCCCGCAACACAUCCUCUUCCACCAGGGGCUCUGAGGGUUUCUCCACAGAGACGCUCUUCACAGAGAGGGCUUCCUUGCCCUCUGAUGUCCCCACCUCUUCUGUCCACCCCAAAGUGCCAACCUCCAGUGGGCACCCUGGCCUCAGCACGGAGCCAGGCAUCCCCCUGUCCAAACCUGCUCCUGGCCAAGGCCAGCCAAUGGACGAGGACUCUAUGGCCGCUCCCAGUGAGGACAGUGAGGACGGGCAGAGGCUGCUGCUAUUCUACAUCCUGGGCACAGUAGUGGCCAUCUCCCUUCUCCUGGCGCUGGCCCUGGGGCUCCUGGUCUGUCGCAAGCGGAGAGCCAAGAGGAAGAUGAAGGAGAAGAAGUCACAGAAUGCAGUCGACAGUUAUGCCUGGGUCCCUGAGCGGGCUGAGGGCCGGGAGAAUCAGUACAGUCCGACACCUGGGUCAGACUGCUGAAGGGGAGGUGGCCAGGGACAUGCCUGGUCACAGCCACCACCCUGGAGUGAAGGGGAGGCCACACCCUUCGGAAGCCUGGCCAGCCACACACGUUCCCUACAGUGGGGGCUGUGGCUUGGGACACACAGGUAUUUGCUCCAUACUGGUGAUGUUUUCUGUGUGUCCCCCUGCAAUCCCGAGGACUUUGUGAACACAAAGGGUUCCCAUGAGCUCCCCCUUUCCAAAUUCAGGUGCAGCUGACUCCCCUUCUCCCUGGAUCUCGUGGGGCCAGGAGCCAGGUCCCAAGAGCUCUCUUUGCCCCUGCACACUCCUCUCCUUCAAGCGGAGGGCAGCGGCUGCUGCGUCAGCACUGGAGUGGUUUGUGCCUCUUCUGCACGGGCAGAUCUGUCCCUAGAGGUUCUGACUGCAUGUGAAGCCCCGUGCUGCCAGAGGGAACUUGCUCAGACUGAAACAGUGCUCUCCGUCUUCGUCCGUGCUGCUGCCCACUCAGCCCCCUGGCGCGGCGGAAACCUUCAGAAUGGCCGGAAGUAAGAUGCCUGCUCCGAGAGGCCGGAAGUGCAGACACACAUCCUCUGGUUCUUAAGUUUCCUGCAGUCCUGGGCUUAUUUGCAAGUGAGGUUGGAAAAAUAGGGGAAAAGUUUGCUUGAAGGAUUGAUGAGCCCGGUGUAAGCCCAGCACUAAGGGCCAGAGGGGCGUGCAUCACCUGGGGGUUGGGGUGGGGGACAUGCUAGACUAUGGAAAAACAAGGGCAGCUCCGGCGGUGCGGUCCUGCUCAGGCCCCUGCCUCUCCUCCUGCUCAAGGCUGGCCAGGGACGCAGGUGGCCUGGGCAGCUGUGCUUUGGAAGCAUUUUAGCAUAGGGCACAGGGGAGCUUAUACCUGCCCGUGCUGUCUCGUGGGUGCUCAGGGUCCUGUGGUUUCUAACCAAGGACUGUAGGGAAGAGAGAACAGCUAACACUUUUUGUAACACAGCUGCAGCUCUGGGCUACCAUACCUGAUGCCCUCCGUGUAAACUAAGUUUACAAAGUUCUGGGCCUUGCUCAUAGCCCAGCUCGCCUAGAAAGCACCACAGCAAGAAGUUGCCUGAGCUUGGCAGGGCCGCCCUGGGCCCCGAAGACCUUGCUGUGGCUGUGCCUCACCCUGGUGCUGCCACCCUGGAGCUAGGUGGACACCAACCACCUGGAGAAGGACUUUUGGGGCUGCAGAGUGGUGUAAAUUUCUUUGUCACUGUUGAAAUGUGAGAAGUCCAAGCAGCAAAAACACAGGCUUGAGAUGGGGGUGAGUCUACCUUUUAAAGUCAUCUCAUGCCCUCUGGGUUUCACUUGGAGCUCUGGCUUUUAUCUUCUUUAAUUUUAGUUUUAAAAUUGUUUUGCAGUACUUGGGAUGAAACCCAGGGCCUUUUCACUGAG